AUGACGUCCAGCGCGACUGCCGAGCAGAUGAAAUUAUUAAUGGAUUUCAUGGGCGACCAUUUAGAUUUGGCCCGGAACCGUCUCCAACGGUCUAUUGAGGGGAGAAUAUUGGGCAAAACUUUGUGGGCAGAUGUUACAAAGCUCCUCAAUGCCGUUGGAGGAGCGGUAAAAACUACCAAACAGUGGCAAAAGGUGUGGUCAGAUAAAAAGUAUCUGGCCAAAAAAGCUGCAGCUCUUGCAAGCCGCUCAGACAAUGCCACGGGUGGUGGUCCCUCGAAUGAUCAAUUAACACGGCAGGAUCACCAGAUCCUGAAUAUUAUGGGUGAGGGUUGUGGCUUGCCUGAUACAGAGGCAAUUACCGACCCUUUUCCAAGGGAGUCAAACAAGGCUAAGUCUCCUCACCGCAUUUCUUUGGAACGUAACGAUGGUGAAGUGGAGUCAGAGUCUGACGACAGUCUCCAGAGUUUUGUGCCUGAACCUAGCGACGUGAGAAAGCCCACUGUCAGUGCCAGCAGUUCUUCUACGCCAUUGCGAAAACCUAGCGAAGGGGGAAAUCCAACAGUCCGUGCGAGCAUUUCUUCGACACAAAGGGGACGCAGGCGUAGGUUGCGAUUAACACGUACCCAGCGCCCGCAAGCUCUGUCGGAGGAUGUGCACACAAGGAUUUUUCGUAUUGAAGAGGAGAAGAAACAGGAAUUGGCAGCAAUUCGGGCACAACUUGAAAAAUUAACUGAUGUGGUCGUUUCGGCACUUAAAGAGUUGCGCCGAAUUAAUAAUAAUACUCGACAUUAAUAUGUAUAUUAUUC